GUGCCUCCUGCCGCCGCCCUCCCUCCGCCACGAUGCCGGGAAUCGACAAGCUGCCCAUCGAGGAGACGCUGGAGGACAGUCCGCAGACAAGGUCUUUACUGGGUGUAUUUGAAGAAGAUGCUACAGCUAUUUCCAACUAUAUGAACCAGUUGUAUCAAGCUAUGCUGCGGAUUUAUGAUGCACAGAAUGAAUUAAGUGCAGCAACACACCUGACUUCAAAGCUUUUAAAAGAAUAUGAAAAACAGCGUUUUCCUUUGGGGGGUGAUGAUGAAGUUAUGAGCUCUACUUUGCAACAGUUUUCAAAAGUUAUAGAUGAGCUUAGCUCUUGUCAUGCAGUACUUUCAACACAGCUUGCUGAUGCCAUGAUGUUUCCCAUUACCCAGUUUAAAGAAAGAGAUCUAAAAGAAAUACUGACGUUAAAGGAAGUGUUUCAGAUUGCUAGUAAUGAUCAUGAUGCUGCAAUUAACAGAUAUAGCCGGUUGUCAAAAAAAAGAGAAAAUGACAAGGUAAAGUAUGAAGUAACAGAAGAUGUCUACACUUCGAGAAAAAAACAACACCAGACCAUGAUGCAUUAUUUUUGUGCAUUAAAUACUCUUCAAUACAAAAAGAAAAUAGCACUGUUAGAACCUCUGCUUGGGUACAUGCAAGCUCAGAUAAGUUUCUUUAAGAUGGGUUCUGAAAAUCUCAAUGAACAGCUGGAAGAAUUCUUGACUAAUAUUGGAACAAGUGUACAGAACGUUCGUAGGGAAAUGGACAAUGAUGUCGAGACCAUGCAGCAGACAAUAGAAGAUUUGGAAGUAGCCAGUGACCCCUUAUAUGUGCCUGACCCAGAUCCCAUGAAAUUUCCUGUUAAUCGAAACUUAACCCGGAAGGCUGGAUACCUUAAUGCUAGGAAUAAAACAGGCUUGGUGUCAUCUACCUGGGACAGACAGUUUUACUUCACGCAGGGUGGAAACUUAAUGAGUCAGGCGCGUGGGGAUGUGGCCGGUGGCCUGGCCAUGGACAUUGACAACUGCUCAGUAAUGGCUGUGGACUGUGAAGACAGGCGGUACUGUUUUCAGAUCACUUCCUUUGAUGGAAAAAAAUCUUCAAUUUUGCAAGCAGAAAGUAAAAAAGACCAUGAGGAGUGGAUCUGUACUAUAAAUAACAUAUCCAAACAAAUAUAUUUAAGUGAAAACCCAGAGGAAAUUGCAGCACGAGUAAAUCAGUCAGCUUUGGAAGCGGUCACUCCUUCCCCAUCUUUCCAGCAGAGGCAUGAGAGUCUGCGGCCGGCAGUACAAUCUCGGCCACUGACAGCUCGAACCAGCAGCUCGGGAUCCUUAGGAUCUGAGUCCACAAAUCUGGCUGCCCUUUCUCUAGAUUCUCUCGUUGCUCCAGAUACUCCAAUACAGUUUGACAUCAUUUCUCCCGUGUGUGAAGAUCAGCCUGGCCAAGCAAAAGCCUUUGGCCAAGGAGGCAGGCGCACAAAUCCAUUCGGAGAAUCUGGAGGAGGUACAAAAUCUGAAACUGAAGAUUCUAUUCUUCAUCAGUUAUUUAUUGUCCGAUUCCUUGGUUCUAUGGAGGUGAAAUCAGAUGACAACCCAGAUGUUGUUUAUGAAACAAUGCGGCAAAUCUUAGCUGCCCGGGCCAUCCAUAACAUCUUUCGUAUGACAGAAUCACAUUUAUUAGUCACUUGUGAUUGUUUAAAGUUAAUUGAUCCACAGACACAAGUUACAAGGCUCACAUUUCCAUUACCCAGUGUAGUUUUGUAUGCUACACACCAGGAAAAUAAGAGGCUUUUUGGAUUUGUUCUUCGGACAUCAGGAGGGAGAAGUGAAAGUAAUCUGUCAUCAGUCUGCUAUAUAUUUGAAUCAAACAACGAGGGGGAAAAGAUUUGUGAUUCUGUUGGUCUGGCAAAACAGAUAGCUUUGCAUGCAGAACUGGAUCGUCGGGCAUCAGAAAAACAAAAAGAAAUAGAGAGGGUAAAAGAGAAGCAACAGAAAGAACUCAGUAAACAAAAACAAAUUGAAAAGGACUUAGAAGAACAAAGUCGGUUGAUAGCUGCUUCCAGUAGACCAAACCAAGCCAGUAGUGAGGGGCAGUUUGUUGUCCUUAGCAGUAGCCAGUCAGAAGAGAGUGAUUUGGGAGAAGAAGGAAAGAAAAGAGAGUCAGAAGCAUGAACUUAUCCUUGGUUUUUGGUUGGUAUUUCCCCCCUUGGAAUUUAUUGAGUUUCUGUGGUGAAAUGGCACAAGGUAAAAACUAUGUUGAAAUAUCAAGGAGACUAUAUUAUUUGUUUUAACUUCAUUUUUUAAAAUAAGAUUGACCUUGGUCACUUAGGUUUGCAUUGAUUUUUCUUUUCCUUUAAAAAUAUACUAUGCAGUAACAUCAAAUUCCAUGCGUCAAAGAAACCUGUUCAUCUCCUUGAAGUAGAUUGCUGAGGAAUUACACUUGCUCAAGCCUUUUUUCCUUCAAAUUGUGAACUUCUUGUCUUGCAUUGUAAUUGGCUCUCACCAUAAGAAACCUUUUAUUCUUCAGCUUCAGGUAUUCAUGGAUAUGCUCCCUCUUCUCAUUAGGAACAUUUUUGCUGGCAGUGAGGAAGCUUUUGACUGAAUCAGUUCAAAACCCUUUAUACAGAGCAUUCUACAAGUUUGCAGAUAUUUUAAUUAUUAAAUGUGCAAUAGAACUUUUAUAUAAAAUAAUUAGAAAAAAGAUUUUAGACUUAAGGUUUCAAAUUGUGGCAGGUGGUACUGUGAUUUCAGGGCACUUUCUUGGGUUGCUCACAUUUCUGAUGUAUUACAGCUGAUGCCAGUGGGAAAGAAGCUUAAGUGUCUUCAGUUCAAGGUUGAUACAGCCCGUGGCAUUUAAUUGUCACCUUCUUAGUUCUCAGGUUGGGACUUGAAUUAUUGCUGCAGAGCAGUAAUGGUUAAAAUAAGAUUUUGGAAUUUAUUAAAAGGGAUUUUUUUU